AUGGUUCGUGUUUCCUUCCGGAGGGAAGACUUCUUCAAGGAGUCGCGCGAGGCCAAGGGGUGGAAGCUGAGUUUGGUCGACAACCCCGACGACCCGACGUCCAAAAUGCAGGUCGUUGCGAUGGCGGACAGCAAGGAGCUCCGCGAGGCGAACAUCGGCAUCGCGAUCGAAUACGGCAUCGAGAGGUUGACCUCAGAGUCGGAGUACAAGGUUUUGGCCCAAACGCAGUUGCAUGCCAAGCGAGCGAAGAGUGUUUUCGCAGAUAUGAUAAGCGCAUCUGGUUUGGAGGAUCCUGCGUACAAGCGCGCUCGCCUUGCCACUCUCACGGCUGAGGAUUGCACGGUGAAGGCGCUCCCAGACAAGAAGGGCGACGACGACGGCGCGGAGGAUGACGGCUUAGACGAGGGCGGCGAUGGCAAGGAGGCCGCGCAGGUGGGGGGCGGUCACGACGUCCCCGCACAACGGCAAGAUAUUGGAUAUUGGGCAAAGUUGAAUGCCAAGGACUGGGCCUUUGUACGCACGUGCGUCCCAUGCGCCUCCGACGAUUAUGUGGCGGAUGAGAACGAGACUGCUGUGAGCACGGCGUCCACUGCAGCCAACUUGGCCAACGGGCUCGGCGAGAAUUUCGACCAGGUGCUCUCCGAGAAACUCAAGGCUCUCAACCUCACCACCAUUGCAUCGGGAGUGUCCAUGCUGGGCCACCGCCGUGCCAGGAUGAAGUCGAAGAGGGACCAGUUUACGAUGUCGGCCAAUUCGCAGGAGAGCGAGGCCGCCAAGAUCAUCACAGACAAGUUGAACUUGGCUCAGGACGCAGAGGACCUCAGCAAGCCUGAGCACAUGUUCUCGAUGAGUGACGCCGAGUUUCGCACGAAGCUCGAGGGCCUGUCUGCUGCGGGCAUGGUCAUGCCAGUGAGCUUGGCAGUUGAAAUCAACAACAGGAAGGCUUCCGAGAUUGGCAAGAAGUUACUCGAAGAGGAUGGUCAUACUAAAAUCCCUGACUUCUUCAAUGCGGUGAUGCCUGUGGGCGCCGCGGCGGGCGACGGCAACGAGCAUGCUGCAGUCGACGCCAGCGAGGAGUACGACUGGAGACCUCCGUUAGCCCGCCUCGCCCCUGGAACUGAGGCCAGCGUGUGCAUUCGGUUCAAGAGCGCCACCUUCAGUUACUUUGUGAAGCCUCUCUUCAAUGCUUGGGGCACAUCGCUGUCCCACGAUGCGCGCGAGAAGCCGGCGACAGAUGUGGGCGCUUUCUUGAUCGAGAACACGCCCCAUGACGCCCCCGAGGUGACCCAAGCAUCGAUCAACAAGGUCAUCGAGUGCAUGCGCGAUGCGCUGUGCGUUCAGAACCCGCUGAAUGUCGCCAACCUCCCCGACUUUGAGAGCCUCUCAUCGGCGACGGCUUUGGAUGACAGCGGCUGGAAGGGCAUCCUCUACAACGCGCACGAGCAGAUGGGCGAGUGCAGCUCUUUCAAGGCGCCGCUCCUGUCCAUCGGGAGGACUGAGGUGACCCACGCAGUCAACGUCGAGAAGAUCAACAUGGCAGUGCAGAUCUUGUCAUCUCUAUCUGGUGAUGCAACGGAUGAGCAGGUCACGGCCACUCGGGCGUCAAUGACAGACACGGUGAAUAAUCUAACUACUUUGAGGGCUGGGUCGAGGGAUAAGUCGAUGCGCGUCCUGGACGAGAAGCUGGCAACGUUCUGCGGGCGC